AUGGCCACAGAACCUGAUGCGACUGUGACUAUAGCCAGUACAUCACAUCUUAACGCUUACUACGGCUUAAUUCUAUCCGGUGCUUGCGGUCACUUUUGCCUACUCUUAUUCACACUUGGCUCACGACGUGUGCAUAAGCAAGGCGUCCUAAUCAACUUCUACUUUAUUUUCAUGAUUACCCUUUGGUUUGACUCCAUACUAUGCUGGACUAAUAAUAUGUACAACCCGGAGCCCCCUAAAUCAAUACAAAUAAUUAACGUCGUUAUAAGGAAAUCUGGUAUGUGUAUGAACGCGGCCUCUACUCUAGCAUGUGUGAUAAGGUUUUGGGUUUCAACCAAUAUAGCUGCCUCCACUCGAGUAUCCAGUUAUUUACACAUUAUCGAUAAUUCCGGAUUAGUUAUCUUCCCAUAUAUAAUCGGUAUACCCUUUUUUAUCGCUUAUCUAGUCUUUCUAAUAAGAGAUACGUCUUUGGUCCACAGAACGCCUUUUUAUUGCGACAGUUUCCACGUAGGAUUGGACGUCGCAUCAACGAUCGUCGCACUUAUUAUUAUGGUUUUCGUUGUUAUUCUCGCGUUUUGGUUGACUGGUCUUCUAGUUCGAUUGCGGGCCACUCAACGUGGUUUAGUGAGAGUUAAAUGGUCAGUCAAUUUACAACUGACGGCACGGAUAUUGUUGUUCUUCUUUUACUCUUGCACGUCGGUAACUCUGCAUGUUUGGAAUCUAUAUCGAUUUCCAGGCUAUAGGGUAUCUCCAACAUUAGUUUUUGCUAGUACAGGCUUGGUUGCAUUCAUGUUAUUCCUUAUACAAGCUGAUAUUCUGGCCGCCUUGGGUCACUAUAUGGGUUUUGAAAGGAAGAAAAAGCUGCCUAUUCAAAAUUCAAGCGACAAAGAUCAGAGGUGUAGUGGAAUAGAAGGUCCAGAUUAUCAAAUGUCAUUAGAUGCGAUAUUCCCCCAACUACCGUCACCAGUGAGAAAAGAUCAGCAUCAAGACUAUGCCGAGCUUGAGUCUCUUGAGAACAUUUAUGCUCAGAGUCUCAAUCACACCCACACUUCUAAUAAUGCAGCACAUCAGAGUAUAUGA